AUGGACGAUGGGAUCUACUCGUCGGCGAUACUGUUCGAGUUCUUCAGUAAGCUUCAGAAGAGCCGAAUCCCUGUGGAAACACGUAUGAGCUUUGCCAAGGCAAUAGCUGGGUUCUACGAUUUUCUGAGCGUACAUAUCGAUGCUGCCGCAGGAAAGCAAAGACUCCCAGCGAUAACGCAAGGGCGCGACCGAAUUGCACACAUUCUUCGUAAAUUGCGAGAAGAGGGAAAGUCGCUGUCCUCUUAUCGAGCAAUUAGGCAGCCGGCAGUAAAGGAAUACGAACCAUAUGCUGUUGCAAGAGCUAUCGCCACUGACGAAAGCAUCAGGUCCACUCUUCACUCCAUCUACAGACAAUUUGGCCGAACCGACAACAUCACCCGGCGCCAAUAUAACUACUUCUUGGGUGCACUGAUGUUCUAUAUAGUACAAUGCAAUACCGCGCGAAAUGAGGUCAUCUACAAGAUGCGUUACGGAAGCAUUGUAGAUUUCAAUGAACAAGGACUAGCCCAUACUGGGCUCCGACCAGUCGAGCUGGACGUGCAGAGCGGCCCGAAAGAGCUCUUUGUGGGUGCCUAUCCGCACCCAAAAAGUCUGAACCGCCUUCGUGAGCAAAGCUCUUUCACAGGAGGCUUCUUCGUGCUGGAUGAGGAGUCACGUUUCUUGCAGGGUGCAAGUCAGAGCUUCCGCAUUUGGUAA